GGAGUGGCAGCUUCGGCCUAGGCUCGUGAGCUGAUGGAGUUUGCAGCUGAGAAAGAAGGGACUCCGGGAGGAGGUCCCCAGAGGGUAGCUGAGGGGGCGCGGCCGAGGCCUGCGGCUGGUGGGGAGGGAGCCGGGGACUUAGGUGGGAGCCCCGAAGCUGACGAUGGAGAGGAGAGGAACGGACUGACAGGAAUUAAGACCACAGAGGAUGCGGAGGAGAUAAAGAUGGACUUAGCUGUGGUGAAGCAGGAAGUAGUGGACUGGUCGGAUUUAGACGGUGAUAUUUCGGAUAGCCACUGGGUAAAGCAGGAGGUGGAGGGCGGGCCUGAGGUGAAGGCUGAGAAAGACGUGUUGGAGGUGAAGCAGGAGGCGGAUAGUAGCCUGGUGGUGAAAGAAGAGGAGGUGGAUGAGCCAGAAGUAAAGGAAGAGAAAGUGAAGGUGAAGGAGGAGGUAACGGACUGGGAAGAAGCGAAGGAGGAGGACUUGAACGUAAAACAGGAGUUGUUUGUUGGUCAGAACGUAAAGGAGGAGCAGGUGAUGGAUAGAGUGCCCGUAAAAGAAGAGGAUUGCUUCAAGAGAGAAGUGACGGAAGACACGAAGGUGAAGGAAGAGCCGCAGAUGAAUCCCCGAGUGGGCUGCAAGAGGAAAUUGGCCAUGUCGAGGUGUGAGACUUGUGGCACGGAAGAAGCAAAGUACAGAUGUCCACGCUGCAUGCGGUACUCCUGCAGUUUGCCCUGUGUGAAGAGACACAAAGCAGAGCUGAUGUGCAGCGGCGUGCGGGAUAAGACUGCCUAUGUCUCUCUGCAGCGCUUUACUGAGAUGAACCUCCUGAGCGACUAUCGGUUUUUGGAAGACGUGGCGAGGACAGCAGACCGGGUGUCAAGAGAUAUUUUCUUGACAAGACCAAAGCGCAAGAAAUAUCUGCUCUUUUUGAAGAAUCGUGCCCGGAAGCAAGGUGUUUACUUGAGGCUGCUACCCAGUGGGUUCAGCAAGAGGAGAGAGAACUCGACGGUUUUUGACCAUAGGAAUCAGCAGUUUUGUUGGCACGUAAAGCUCCAGUUCCCUCAGAGCCAGGCGGAGUAUGUAGAGAAAAGAGUACCAGAUGAUAAAACCAUUAAUGAAAUUCUAAAACCUUACAUCGAUCCCGAAAAGUCUGAUCCUGUGAUUCGUCAGAGAUUGAAAGCCUACACACAGUCCCAGACUGGGGUCCAAAUUUUAAUGAGGGUCGAAAAUAUGCAACAAAAUUUGAUAAGGUAUUAUGAACUGGAUCCUUCCAAAAGUCUUGUAAACAACUUGAGGAACAAAGUGAUCAUUGAGUAUCCGACUCUGCAUGUGGUAUUGAAAGGCUGCAGUAAUGACAUGCAGCUUCUUCACCAAGUGAAAAGUGAGUCUGCCCAGAAGCUUGGCAAUGGAGAUUAAGCCCUGUGGAAGAAGGUGGAAGUCCGUCCCCCGGGGUCAAGAAGAUUGUGUAUGCUGGACUGCGGGCGACUGGGUCUGUCAGGAGCUCGGAGUCUGUUGUUUGUCUGAAAAGUAAUUAAAUAGCAUUACUUUUUUGGAGAGGA